AUGAGCGCAACUACAGUAUCAGAGCAAAGCGCAGUGGCGAUUGAAGCCGACCCUGAGAAGAUAACUUUCGUGGCAGAUGGAGACGCGAAAGCAGCAGCAUCAAAGACCGAACAGCCCUUGUCCAAAAACGCGAAUCAGGGACAAUCUCUUACUGAACAGACAAACACCACGGAUGUCCUUUCCUCCUUUCCCCUCUCAGUCGCCGAUGGUCUCAUCACCAAACCGUUUCGUGAACACCUCCAAAGCUGUAAACCUCAGCCUCGCCCCGAGCUUACAUCGGACCAAGCAAAGAAAUACUCAGAACUCCUUGACUUGAUCUCAAACCUAUCCGACUUGCCGGUCAGCUCAAAACUUAAUACACCUGUCACACCUCUAGCUGAUAAUGAACGCAUGUGGCUUACCCAGGAGUGCUUACUCAGGUAUUUGCGAGCCACAAAAUGGAAUGUCGCCGCUGCAAGUGAGCGCGUCAAAUCCACUCUAAUCUGGCGACGUGAGAAUAUUGGCGAGGGCAAACUCACUCCGGAUUAUAUCUCUCCAGAAAAUGAAAUGGGGAAGCAUCUCGUGCUUGGGUGGGAUAUCCACGGACGUCCCUGUUUCUAUCUUAUUCCGAGGAAUGAAUGUACCGAGAAAGGCCGACGGCAGGUCGAGCAUUUGAUUUUCAUGCUUGAGCGCGCCAUUGAUCUCUUGCCAGCUGGACAGGAGACUAUUGCUCUAGUCGCCGAUUUUGGGGGCGUCAGUCGCAAACAAGCGGCGAGUGUGGGACAGACCAGGGAGAUCUUGGAUUUCCUACAAAAUCAUUAUCCAGAAACAUUAGGCAGAGCGCUUGCGAUUAACAUGCCUUUGAUGGUCACGAUCUUUUUCAAACUCCUUUCACCAUUCAUUGAUCCGGCCACGAAGGAAAAACUGCGAUGGAAUGAGGACCUUCGACAGUAUAUUCCGCCGGAGCAAUUGGCACAGUUUGCAGGCGGAGAUGUUAGAUGGGAGUACGACCAUAAUGUUUAUUGGGCAGCGUUGAAUCAGUUGACCGAACACAGACGGAAAGCAUACAAGGAACGCUGGGUUCGAUCUGGGAGAAAGAUCGGCGAAAAUGAAAACUACUUGAGAGGCGGUCCGGAACCGCCGGUUGGUGAGUCUACUGACAGGGUAUCGUGA